ACUGCGUGUGCUUAUAAAUGUCAAAUUUAGUCAAGCAUUUUUUAUAAGAAAGAAGAAAAGAACAUUGUAUAAGAUGGAGGGAAUAGAACACAGGACAGUGGAAGUGAAUGGCAUCAAAAUGCACAUUGCAGAGAAAGGACAAGGCCCUGUGGUGUUGUUCCUGCACGGGUUCCUUGAGCUGUGGUACUCUUGGCGGCACCAGAUCGUGGCUCUGAGCUCCCUCGGAUACCACGCGGUGGCUCCGGAUCUGAGAGGCUACGGUGACACUGCUUCAAUAAGCAGCUACUCGUGCUUUCACUUAGUGGGUGACAUUGUUGCACUGAUAGACCUUUUGGGUGCCCAACAAGUGAUCCUGGUGGCUCAUAUAAGUUGGGGAUCCAUCAUCGGUUGGUACCUCUGCAUGUUUCGCCCUGAAAGAGUUAAGGCCUAUGUGUGCCUUGGUGUUCCUUUAUUCCGCAGAAACCCUCAACUUAGGACUCUAGAUGCCAUGCGCCAAAUGUAUGGAGAUGACUAUUAUGUCUGCAGAUUCCAGGAGCCGGACGAAAUGGAGGCUCAGAUGGUGUUGAAAAACUACCUUACAAAUCGAAAAACAGGUCCUUUAAUCUUUCCCAAAGGAGAGUUUGGAACUGGAUUCAAUCCGGAUACCCCUAAUACCUUGCCCUCUUGGCUCACACAAGAUGAUCUUGCUUAUUUCGUGGCAAAAUUUAAGAAAACAGGCUUCAUUGGAGGGCUCAACUAUUACAGAAACAUUAACCCAAAAUGGGAGCUGACAGCACCAUGGACUGGAGUGAAAAUCAAGGUGCCAGUAAAGUUUAUCACAGGAGAGUUAGACAUGGUAUAUACUUCGUUUAACAUGAAGGAAUAUAUCCACGGUGGAGGCUUUAAGGAGGACGUGCCCAAUCUUGAGGAAGUCAUUGUGCAAAAAGGAGUGUCUCACUUCAAUAACCAAGAAACACCCAAUGAAAUUAACAAUCACAUAUACAACUUCAUUAAAAAGUACUAAUCUGAAUACUAUUAAAAUGAUAUUGAGAUCAAAUAUAAAUUAAAAUCGAUUAUGAUCGUUGGCAAAUACGUUUAUGUAAUUUUUAAUAAUAUAUAUUAAGCUCUUUUGUAUUUGGAGAAAAUAAACUCUUAAUAUAUUAGACGGUCAAGUUGUCUAUAACGUGUUUUCUAAAUAAAAAAAAGCUACGCCGGCCUGGAUUGUUGUCAAUUUGACGGUAUUUUUAUCGGGAUUUGUUCCCGUUGAAUUAUCAACGAACUCAAAAUUUAAAAUUGCCGCCGGGUGAAACGUGACAAAUUUUUAAAAGUUCAAAUAUCAAUUGCCGACAACUUUACCAACAACUAUAUUAACACCCCAAAUAAAAAGAAGAAAAAAGAAAAGUUCGGAUAUCGGUUGCUAUCAACUUUACCAACCAUAUAUUUUUUGUGUGGAGCAAUUUAAAUAAAUUAUUCAACUUAAUUAAUAAUAUUUAGUUACAUAAAGAAAACUGUAAUACGAGCAAUUUAAUACCCCAAAUAAACUCUAAUAUUAUUUACAUAGAUGUUUAAAUGACCAAUGAGAAAGUUUGGGUUAAAUAACUCAUCAUUCAAUCAGAUAAAAGAUAAGUGAGUUGAAAUCUCUUUAUUUUAUUUAUAAAAAAUCAUAUUAGUCCAUUGAACUGUGAGGUAGUAACCCACAUGGAUCAUUUAGACAACCUUUCAUAUGUCUUGACACAAUUAUUUCUAUGAUUAUUUUUAUAGUGAAAAACCAUUCUAAUAUUUAUUUACCUAUUUAAUUACACUAUAGUAAUUAUAAUCCAAUACUGAAAAAUAUUGUAAAUAAGGUUGUUAUAUCUAGUAGUAACGAAAGGAAAACACCUAAAUUAAAAUGCAUUCCGACAUUUGGUUUGUUUUUAAAAACCGUGAAGGGAAGAAAAUGUGUUGAGCCCCUCACCUAAUGCAUUUGAAAAUGCACCGUCACACUCUUCUUCAUUUGCUUUAAGAAAAGGAAAAAAAAAACUCUUCAUUGUAUGAAUGAAGCAAUAUAUCAAUUUUAUCUCUGUAAAUUAAAAUAAUAAAUUAUAAAUAUAAAUCAUUGUCUUCUUCAGCUCUCUUUUCAUCUCCCAUAUUCGUCGAUUAACAUAAAUGAAAAGUGUUGAAUCCGACAUUUUUUUAACACUCAACAAGUUGAAGGAGUUCAUUAAAAAUAUGGACUAGAUAGAAUAGAUAAUGGAAGAAAAGAAACAAGUGAAUCGACCGCAGGUAUUAGACUGAUGGAAAAAAGAACUACGUCUACAAUACAAUUGUGAGACAUGUAUACAACAGUUACGAGUUAUGAGUCAUGUCGCACCAGUCAUAAGUUCAACU